AUGAUAUUAUCCAAAAUUGGAUUCAUUGUUGUAUUUACUUUUUUUUUAACUAUUUUUGGCAGUCCUAUUGAUAAAAAAGAAAUCCAAACAAAUUUUGACCUUUCAGAUGAUACGCAUGAUGAUACUGAUUUCAACUUAAAAGAUGGACUUGAAGAUUUACGGAGUUUAAGAUUAGGACAAAUCAAUUUUUUACAUACUACGGAUACUCAUGGAUGGUUGGGUUCACAUCCAAAUCAAAUAAAUUAUAAUGCUAAUUGGGGUCAUUUUAUCUCUUUUAUCGAAUUGUUCAAAAGAUAUCGUAUUGAUAAAGAGAAACAGGAUAUAUUAAUUAUUGAUACUGGCGAUAAACAUGAUGGUAGUGGGCUUAGUGAUGCAACUGCACCUAAUGGAAUAGCGAGCACUAAAAUUUUUAAUGAAAUGGACUAUGACUUAUUGACUUUAGGAAAUCAUGAAUUAUAUAAUAAAGAAAGAGUUGUCUUAGAAUACUAUACUACUGCUUUAUCUUCUAAAUUCAAGGAUAAAUAUGUAGCCAGUAAUGUUGAUUUUAUUUUGAAAAAUGAAACACUAGUACCCUUUGGAAAUAAAUACGUUUAUAUGGAGACCCCUGUAAAUCAUUUAAGAAUUAUAGCUCUGUCUUUUAUCUUUAAUUUUCAGAAUAAUAAUCCAAGGGCCAAAGUAACUCCAGUAUUGCAAUCUUUACAAUCUGGGUGGUUUCAAAAUAUUCUUACCCAAUAUCCAGAGUGUAAAUUAGACAUGAUUGUUAUAUUUGGCCAUAUUCCUGCUAGAGAUAAGGAAAAUCAUGAACUUAAAGAUUUACAUGACUUCCUUAGACAGUACUAUCCAAAUAUUGUAAUUCAAUAUUUUAGUGGCCAUACUCAUAUUCGUGAUUUUGUUGAAUUCGAUUCCAAAAGCACGUGCUUGCAAAGUGGAAGAUUUUCAGAAACUGUAGGCUUCUUAUCUAUAGAUAAUGUGACUGAUAAUCAACCAAAUUUUUCCAGAAGUUACAUUGAUUUUAACAAACAAUCUUUCAAAUUCCACAGUAAUAGUUCUCAUUUAUAUACAAAGAGAGGUUCCAAUGUCAUUCAAGAGAUAAAUCUAUUGAAAAAAAGCUUACAAUUAGACGAACAAUUUGGUAUGGUUCCUCAAAAUUACUAUAUGAUGACACGACCUAUUGAAUCUGAAGAAAAUAUUUAUCAUCUAAUAAAACAUAAAGUGUUACCAAAAUUGAAAUCCACCUCAGUUCCUGCUGAUGAAUUAUCGUUUAAUAGAAUAGUUAUGUUAAACACUGGUGCUAUAAGAUUUGACCUUUAUAAAGGUCCCUUUACAAGAGAUACAGAAUUCAGUAUUUUACCCUUUGACAAUAAUUGGAAUUAUUUGAAGUUGGAGAAAUGGGUAGCUAUCCAAAUUGAAGAUUUCUUAAAUCACCGACCUGUUAUUUCCAUGCUAAAUUCUCCGGAACAACACUUUUUACAUGAUAUAGUAUCUGAUACGGAAGCUUAUAUCCAAAGUGACAGAUACAACCCAAAUAAACUUCAACAUUGUCCUUUCAUCAAUAAUCCUAAACUAAGUGAAGGUUACACAACUAAUGAUGAUUAUGGUUGUGAUGGGGAUGACACACCUCACAGUUCUCAAAGGAUAUAUCCUAUGCCAAAUGUGAUUCAAUCAAAUACUUUCUCACCAGAAAAAGGAGAGAAUAAUAGAAAUGAAAUUAUUGAUUUUAUAUUUUUCAGCUAUUUGAAGAAAGAUAUUUUGCAUGCACUACGCUAUAUUGAUCCAUCAAAGAGUUACGAUGAAAGUGAAGUCAGGGAUUAUGGAGGUAAACCUCUUAAACAAUUACUCCGUGAUUACAUUGUUGAAACUAACACCUGA